AUGUUGGCCCGAGCAACGCAACGGACUGUUGCCCUAGCCUCGCGUAAGCUGGGCUCUUCUUCUAGCUCCUCAGCCAGCACUUCGACCGGAUGUCACGGUAUCCGCCUCAUAGUUGGAGCUCAACAGCAACAGAGAGGAGGGCUGCUGCAUACAUCCGCGACUGAUGCAGCUGCACCAUCCUCAUCACAGCGAAGCAGUGCUGCAGCGCACGAUGAGCUGCGAGAAAAGCGACCUAGGAGAGCGUACAGCACGAGAGAUGGUCGGGACGCGAGGGAGACAUCUGCUGCUCCGCAAGCUAGUCGAGAUGGUGAGUGUCACAGCCAAGAAAGACGCAGAUUGAACCACUCCUACUGCCCUCUCAUCCAUACUGACGAGUCAAUUUGUCGCCUGCACGACACAUAGAAUGGCUUGCAGGACCUUCUUCGCGAGCUCUCAAUCCAGCACCGACAGCAGAAGCGCUGCAGAGAUGGUUUGAGGGGUCCUUCCCUACGCUGCCUUUGCCAGAGGAAGUAGCUGCGCAAGCGGUGACCCAUGAGAGCUUCGAUCUCACCGGUAGGACUGUCGCGGGGCACAAUAGAAGGCUGAGUUUUCUGGGUGAGUAACGAUGCAGGGCUGCUUUUGCGUACCUUCUCGUCUCAAGAGACUGACAUCCAAUUGAGUCGUUGCAACAGGACGAAGAGCGAUGCAUCUCUACCUCUCGCUCUUCCUUUCUCAGCAAGAGCUUCCCCUUACCCAAUCAGUCGAGUUGCUGCACACAGCAGCUUUGGGCGAGAGGGUUGGAGCAGCGCUGCGCCUUCAAGAGGUCAUGCGAUGGACUGCCGCUCGAGACGGAUCUGAGCUCGAGUCUGGAUUGUGGACCAUCCGUGGUGUGGCCGUAGAAGCGCUUGUGGGUGCAAUUUAUCACCAGCACGUGAGUGAUACUUUGCGCAAAGCGAACAGAGGUGCUGCUGAGAUGCUGACAGCGGUCAAACCCUACUGCCAACUCCAAAGGGUGCUAGCAUCGCUCGCGACUUUUUUCACGCACAUGUGCUGCCCCACCUAGCGAUUUCACCCUCCGCUAGACCGGCCGUCAAGAGCAUACAGGCUGCAUCGAGGGAAGCGCUAGCAUCUUUUACUUCGGUGAUGUCGGCAGCGGGCACAUCGCCGAACAAGUUAGAGGGACAGGAUGGACCUCGGGCCAUUCACAUGGACGCAGCUGAAGCGCCUGCUGAUGUUGCUCUGACAGCAGCUUCGUCAAUGAGCCGGGCUUCGGAGCCGACAACCGCGCAGAGCGACUCAGAGCUAGCUUCCAAGUCUCCUUCAAAUCGUCGCGCUCCACAGAGUCGAGAAGGGCAGCCGAAAGGAGUGGAUCGCAGCUGGGCGCAUGCGCACGCCCACGAUGUUGGAGCUGAUACCGCACUGCUGGCAGGUUGA